AUGAAUUUGAAAAAGAUAGACUUUUUCUCCUAUCAAUUCUAAUUCGAUUUUGGGAAAAACAACUAAAAGAAAGGAACCACUUUUGGAGCAAUUUUAUCUAUUUUUUUAAUAAUAAUCGUUUUAACAUACUCUUCUUAUUUAUUUUACUAAUAUUUAAGUAACUAAAUCAAUCCAAAAUAUGCAUCACAAAGUUUUGUGACUGAAAAUUCUAUUGACAUCGAUCUUUCAGAAGAUUUAAUUGGGUUUAGAUAUGAAUAUGGAGUUAAUCUUAAUAUUGAUGACCUAUAAGACUAAUAAAAUCAAACAUAUUUGGUAUUUAUUCCUUAUUUUUACUUUUAAAACGGGAGGUAUUUCGAAUUAAUACCGCUAAAUUACAGUAAAUGCACAAAUCAUAAACUAGAAGGUUUUAAUUGUAUUGAUUUCUCAACAGUUAAAAAUUACACUUUAACUCUGAGUACUAAAGAUAAUAUAUUUUCAAAUAUAUAUUUAUUUGUGUAUUAGUGCUAAGAUACAGAUAUGACUAAAACUUUUGUGCCUAAUAAUUGUGCUAAUUAAUUAGACAUUGAUAAUAUUAUCAAUAAUCCUUAUGCUAGCUUACGCUUGAAAUUAUAUACAUCUUAAUACAAUACCUCAUCCUAAUAGUCAUAGUAUGGAUAUAGAAAUUCUUAUGUAUAUUUGUAAGGUGAAUAAUUUUAGCUAUAUACCUUUAAAACUUAAAAGUAAGUAACUUAUCUAAAGAAGGGAGCAAUAAUCUAAGAUGAAACAAGAUAGAAAGAAGAUGAAGAUUAAAGCUAAAAAGAAAAUUUUUAAUCUAUUUUUAUUCCUUCAUUUGAUACGAAAUCUAUAAAAUCUGCUGAUAAUUCAGUGAAUGGAAUUUAAAAUAAAGUAUUUAAUUAAUAAAAUAAAAUUCAAAAUCAAAUUUCUCAGGAAAAUAAUAAUAGCUAGAGUUAAUUCUAAGAUUAUAAAUAAAAAGUAAAUACUUUAAAAUCUUAAGAAACAAGUUAAGAAAAAUUAUACUUGCCUUUAAAAAAAAUAAAUUCUUUGAAAAAAAUAUAAAAUGUUUAAUAAGAAAUCCUCUAAAAUUAAAUAAAAGUAGAUCAUUCUUAAACCAUAUUAAAAAUAAGUGAUUAUUAUAAAAAAGUGCUUGAAACCAUCCAAAACAACUUCCUUAUGAAAAAAAUUAAAAAUACUAUUUAUAAAACAAGGUUUUUCAGAAGAAAGGAAUAUCUCAAGUCUCUGGGUUUAGAUCCCAUCCAUAAAAAUAUUAUCGAAGAUCAAGUUAAUUCAAAUUUAGAUAUUUUAGAAAUUUAUAAAGAUCUUCUUCUCGUAAAGAAGGCUGUUCUAAUGCUUUUAAGUAAGGAUUAAUUAGCUGCAUUAUAGCUAAUUGGAUUAUCAUCAUGUUAUAUGCAAUUUAAAUCUGAAGAUGAAAAUAAAAAAAACCAAUUAUCCUUCAAUACCAAUAAUUUGAGUCAUUUGGAAGAAUAGUUUUGUUUAUUAAAAUACAGUGCAUUGCAAUAGUAAUAUAUUAAUUCCUUUUUUAAUAGGAUUUGUAAUAAUAAAAAUAUAACUGAUCUUGACUAAAGAAUAUUUAGUUCUUUAUAAUGA